CCACCACAGUCCCUCAGAUGCCACAUUUGAGUAGACCCACAGGCAAAAGGAUUCCACCCGAGUCCCUCCCCUGCCGCCUGUUUCCUUGCAGCUGAGGGGAAGUCUUUCUUGCACGGGGUACCUGCUCAAGCUUCGGCCCGCAGAGAGGCCCGAGGACAGCAUGAAGGGAAGCAAAUGCAGAGAUCCGCCUCAGCCCCCGAGGACCGCCGGCCGCCUGCCAGGACGCACGCACGGCUCCCCACGCGCCGCUUGCAGCCGCCGCCGAGUUGAACGAGCUGCGCAUUCACUUCCGCCGGGCAGGUCUCGGAGUCGCUGCGCGUCCCCUUCAGGCUCGCGCCCGCUCGCCCGCCUUUCCCACACGGACGACAACAAGUCCGCGGGAGCGAGCCGGAGCCGGGGAGAAGUUUGUGCCUCUCACAGCAGGAACGGCGCUUCGACGCACCGCGCGGGCCAGCAAAGGAAGGAAAGCAGCUUCGCAGCCGCCAGCCAUUGCCCCGCUCGCGCCUUCUUCUCCUCGCACGUGGCAAUUCAGUGUUUGGAGACAGUCUUUAAAAUUAAUCUGGAGGAUUCCCAUCUUGCAGUACCUGUACGCUUGACCGAAAUGUUUGCAGAUUCUUGUCAUAAGAAUGAGACCCUGCCCCUCUCAGAUUCUUUGCCAGAGGAUCUUGAGAAAGCUGACCAGCUGAAGGAUGAAGGUAAUAAUCACAUGAAGGAAGAAAAUUAUGGUGCUGCUGUGGACUGUUACACUCAGGCUAUAGAACUGGAUCCAAAUAAUGCAGUCUAUUAUUGCAACAGCUGUAUUUUUUUACACUUCAGAGCUGCUGCUCAAAGUAAACUGAACAACCAUAAUGAAGCAAUAACAGACUGUGAAAGAGCUAUAGCAAUAGAUCCAAAAUACAGCAAAGCAUAUGGAAGAAUGGGACUGGCUCUGACUUCAAUGAAUAAAUACCAAGAAGCAAUUAAUAGUUAUCGAAAAGCACUGCAUCUUGAUCCCGAAAAUGACUCCUAUAAGUCAAACCUGAAAAUAGCUGAGCAGAAAUUAAGAGACACGUCCAGUCCUACUGGGACUGGAUUAAGUUUUGAUAUGGCGAGCUUGAUAAACAAUCCUGCCUUCAUUAGCAUGGCAGCAAGUUUAAUGCAGAAUCCUCAAGUUCAGCAACUGAUGUCAGGAAUGAUGACAAAUGCUAUAGGGGGCCCUGCUGCAGGUGUUGGUGGCCUCACUGAUCUGUCAAGCCUCAUACAUGCAGGACAGCAGUUUGCACAGCAGAUACAACAGCAAAACCCUGAACUCAUAGAGCAACUGCGAAACCACGUUCGAAGCAGAUCUUUCAGUGGCAGCACCGAAGAGCAUUCCUGAUUAAAAGAGGCACGUGACAGAACACUGUUCUAUUAAUUCCAAAAGGCAUACUGUAGCUAGUAGCAAAUAUCACCAUUGUAAUUCUUCUCAGACAUGAGCCAGGAAGUCCUUUGUGUGUAUUCCUUAUUGUCUGUUGAAAACAGAUUCAUUGCACACAGAUUUGAACAUAUCAUGUAUGUAUAUUGAUGCUUUUGUAAAUGGACUACAAAAUGAACUGGUGACUUAUUAAAAUCUCUGUGUACAAGAGAGCAUUUUCAUAUCAAUGCACAAAAGUGUGCAACUUUUCAUUCUCUUUAAGAGUGGAUUUUUUGCACCAAGAUUGUGCAUUGAAAGAGAUCACCCAACGUGGUGACAGAGGUGUGGAGUAACAGGACUGCCUGUCCUAUCAAGCACUAUGUAAAAUGUGUGUACAAAAUAUAUUGAAUAAGGCAGUCUUUCUAAAACCAAAGGAUUGCCCCCCCAUCCCAGACAAGCUUGUGGCAAGUGCAAUUUCGCAUGACUGGUGUUGCAUGUCUUACUUUAUAAACCUAUGGAGUAAAGACUCAGCUUUUUCACAUUGUGGGUCAUUACUUUAGAGGGAUUGUUGAAAGGAAGAAUUAGAGAAUAGAUUUUAUUGGUAGAGUUGCUUCAGGCUAAGAUAAUGUGGCAGGAGAAAGAGGGUGUGUGAGUAAGCAUAAGCUGGGGGAGAAAUGAAUGGGUCUGUCUUGUAGGAGGGACUAGAAGCAAGAAGCUAGGCAGAAUGUAUGGGUAUACGAGCAGGUAUAACCAAAGAGGUAUGUAGGCUGACAAUUAUGUGCUACUUGCUACAUUUUUUAAGGGUGCACUGUUUCAGAAAUUCAAGAGGCAUUUGUAUAGGGCAGCUUGGGCUUGCUGCGAAGGGGGACAUUUGGCCUCCUUCCCUACAAUUGUCUUAUAAACAUGGCAAACGCAGCAACAAUUCUGUGUUGUGAUGAAUGUAUUGAGGGGAGAAGGAAAAGGAAAUUAUGAAAGCCAUGUUUAAGACUUGUGAUUUAGCAAUAGUGGAUUCUCACUCUUGUAUUAGUUUGUCAUGGAUGGUUAGUAGGAAGAAUUUUGGAAGGGCUAGCUAGAAAACGUACCUAAAGAAGUGUUAAAGCAGUAUAGAAUCCAGAACAGAGGACUGGGAUGAGAGGUCUGCCAGUAAUAUGCAGAAAGAAUCUCUCUUGCAUACACAAAACCUGAGAUUUUAUCCUGGGAAUAGCUCUGAAAUAUUUUAUGAUGGAAUGACACUACAUUUUAUAUUAAGAUAGGAGUUACAUGCUCAUAGUAUCUGUUAAGUGUACUUGUCAUCUGCCUGUUUACAUAAUCUAUGGUUUAUAUAACCACACAUUGGUUGCACGUUAGAAACUGUGCUAAGAAAACCAGACAACAAAAAUGUUAAGAUGUUUAGGGUGGAUAACUUCAGGGUUUUUUUUAAAUUAUCCCUUUUUAGCACUGCUUUUGUUCUGAUCUUUUCUUCCUUGCUGUUGUCUUUCCCUCCCUUCCCUCCUUCCUGUACACACCUCCUCUCUCUCCCUCUCUCCCCCUCCCCCUCUCCCUCCCCCUCCCUCCCUCUCCCUCCCCCCCCUCUCUCUCUCAUCUCUCUCUCUCUCUGAUAGUUCCAGCAAAAUGUGCUUAUACCUUUCUACAAAACUCAUUUAGAAAGUCUUCAAGGAGACAGGCUUUCAAGUUAACAAUAUAUUUCCAUAUUCAGAAAGUAGUUAAUUGGAGGAUAUUUUGGAAUAUUGGAGGGAGAACACCAAGAGCCUGUUGCAGUGCUGCUGCAUUUAAAUCUGUCAAUCAGCUACUCAUUAUAAAAAGCAGCAAUUUGUUUUUGACCUUUUGUUCUUCAAUAUACUUGCUCCCCACUGACCUCUCCUUUUCAGAGUUCUCUGUCUCUUAUAGUCAAAUUUUCAUGUCCCUUGGGUGUCUGGUUAUUGGCAUUAGGGCAGAUGUUACCUAUUGCAUUAAGGAUAUUAUAAUCCAAAAGUAGGAGGAAUUGCUGAGCUGAGACUCCUGAAGAUUCAGAAUAUAAAGCUUGCAGUCUAGAGGUAAAAUGCAAACUGCUCAGCUCAUUAUAUUGUUUUUGAGUAGUUAAUGUUUAAGUUAAUUUGAAAUUGCAGAAAUUAUACAAUGAUGUCCUGGGUAGAAAUAGUCCAGUACUAAUUUAACCAUUGCCAUAAUAGUGUUUUCAAGUACUAGGAACAGAGGUGCCAUCUCCUUCAUGGCUACCACUCCAUAAUCAAGUUGCUGAUUAUCAGAUGUUCAGUGAAUCAACCAGAUAACAUGUCUUUAAAAUUCAAAAUAGUGGGGAGUGUUGUAUUAAUAACAAACCACUAGCCCUUUCAUGCUGUUAGAUCAGGCAGACUACUUUCCAAAUAAAAAUGCACAUUCCAGAAAGCAAUGGUUUGGGUAGAAUCUAUUCACACUCAAAUUCGUUGUUCAAUUUUCCAUUGAGGAUUCAUGGAUCAGUCUUGCAUUGUUUGGAAUACGUUUAAUAAAAGAGCACGUAAAAUAAAGAAUACUUUUAAUUUACCUUUUUCCA